AUGUCUCAUAAAGUUUAUGAAGCUAAUCAUGAAUUUGAGAACUUCGGAAUCAAAGUUCCUGGAGAUGUUACAGUUGAUAUGGCUCUUGCGCAGCAGAAAAAGAAUGAUAUCCUUGAGGAAUUAUCAUCUGGUAUCGAAGAUCUUAUUGAGCGUGCUGGUGGUGAUCUUGUCCAUGGUACAGCAAUAAUUAAUUCAAAGAAUGAUAUAUCUGUUACACUAGAAGAUGGCAAAACCAUUACCUACAAUCCAAAGAAUCUUCUUAUAGCUACAGGAACUGAUAAAUGGUUCCCUAAAACAUUCCCAGUAGAUGAAGAAAUAAUUGCGACGUCACAAGGAGUCCUAAAUUGGAAAGAGAUACCAAAAACGCUUACAGUUGUAGGUGGCGGUAUUAUUGGUCUCGAGCUUGGCAGUAUUUUCCAUUCAUUAGGAUCUAAAGUUACAAUUGUGGACAUGGCGCCCACAAUUGGUGGCCCUUCUGUAGAUCCAUCGAUUGGUCGCUUCAUGCAGGAUAUUCUUGAGAAACGUGGAAUGGAGUUUGUCCUUGGAAAAGGUGUUGAUUCAUGCACAAAAACAGAAAAUGGCGUCGAAGUUGUUAUCGGAGACCAGAAAUUACAAUCAGAACGUGCUUUGAUAGCUAUUGGUCGCCGGUUACAUCUCGAUGGUUUCGGACUAGAAAAAUUAAAUCUCAAACGUCUCAAAAAUGGACUUAUAGAAGUCAACGACAGAUUUGAAACCUCAGAAAAGAACGUUUACGCUAUCGGAGACAUCGUUCCAGGCCCGCAACUCGCUCAGAAAGCCGAAGAAGAAGGAAUUGCAUGCGUAGAAAUGCUUGCUGGACUAGAAUCUUCAUACAAUCCAAACGUAAUUCCUUCCGUUAUAUACACUAAUCCCGAAAUUGCCACGGUUGGCCUCACCGAGAACAAUGCGGCCAAACAAGCUCUCAAAAUUAAAGUGGGGAUGUUCCCCUAUUCUGCAAAUUCAAGGGCUAGAAUCAUUUGUGAUCCAACAGGGUUCGUAAAGUUUGUUUGUGGAGAGGAUGGAACUGUUCUUGGAAUGCAGAUUGUUGGUCCUAACGCUGGAGAAGCGAUAAUGGAAGGAGCAAUUGCAAUUAGAAACAAAUUGAAGAUUGAUGCAAUUGCUGAGACAUGCCAUCCUCAUCCUACACUAUCUGAAGCUGUUUUGGAAGCUGCCAAAACUAUUAUUUCUAAGACAAUUCAUAUUUAA